GGGGCCGGAGAGUCCCGCCGUGACGUCACACUGAGCCGCUGCCUCGGCGGUGAAGCAGGAACCAGAGAGAACCAGGAAACAGAGGCUGAGCAGCUGAGAGCCACUGUCCCGGUCUGACGGCUCAACGGCGGCGACAGCGUCAGGAACAACACGGUGUCACCAACACGGGAGUUUACAUUUAGUGUUUAAAGUCGACACGAAGCGGAGACAUGGCCUCUCUUUUCAAGAAGAAAACUGUCGACGACAUCAUCAAGGAACAGUCGAGAGAGUUGCGUGGCACCCAGAGACAGAUCACCAGAGACAGAGCAGCGCUGGAGAAACAAGAGAAACAAAUGGAGGCAGAGAUCAAGAAAAUGGCAAAGAGUGGGAACAGGGAGGCGUGUAAGAUCCUCGCCAAGCAGCUCGUCCAGCUAAGGAAGCAGAAAAACCGAACGUACGCCGUCAGCUCUAAGGUCACCUCCAUGACAACGCAGACGAAGGUCAUGAACUCUCAAAUGAAGAUGGCCGGUGCCAUGUCCACCACAGCCAAGACAAUGCAAGCAGUGAAUAAAAAGAUGGAUCCCCAGAAGACCCUUCAGACUAUGCAGGAUUUCCAGAAGGAGAACAUGAAGAUGGGGAUGACGGAGGACAUGAUCAACGACACUUUGGAUGAGAUCUUUGAUGGAUCUGGGGAUGAGGAAGAAUCUCAGGACAUUGUCAACCAGGUUCUGGAUGAGAUCGGCAUUGAGAUCUCAGGAAAGAUGGUGAGAGCUCCAGCUGCAGGAAAGAGCCUCCCCAGCGCCGCCUCUGCCAAACAAGCCACCAUCUCUGACGACGAGAUCGAGCGACAGCUCCGAGCCCUGGGAGUGGACUAAUCGUUGUCUUUGUUUUAAUGUUCACAUCAUAAACCUGUGCAACAUUAACACAGAUGGAUACAGACUGUCAGACAUAUUGGUUUUGUCAUGAUUUAAAUGGUACAGGUGUAACAGAGGGCGCACACUAACACACACACACAAACAUAUUCUCACAUUCUUCGACAGGUUGCCUUACAGAUCAUGAAGGCAGAAUAUCUGAUCUAUUUAAAAUUAUAUUUAUUCUGACAUCCAACUGGCCUCGUUCUGAAGGUGGACUAAUAAUAGAUGCUUGACCUGAAGAACCACCCACACUGUUGUUUGCCACCUCUGUCUUUUGUAAAGGGCUACAGUCUAUAUGCUUAAUAUUUAGCUUUUUCCAUUUGACAUCUUGGUCGAACUUGAGUUAGUCAGAUAUCAGUUUCUACAUGAUUAGAUGGAUGGUGUAUGGUGAUUAAAAGAUGGUUCAAUAAGCAAAUCCCCAGAUUUCCCCAAUUACCUGCUAACUAAGUUAUUUUGAGGGUCUAAAGACUGUUAUUUUCAUGCUGGGUUAUCUAAGUUGGGCAUACUGUCUCCAUGUAAAGAAAACAAACUGGUCAACUACAUAAUUGUUUAUUUAAAUCUAUGCAUAUGACAGAUGUUCACGUGAAGCGUGUGACAGACACUGAUGCCUUCAGGCGAUGAUAACACCUUAUUUGCAUAAGAUGAUGAGACAGAUUGAUCUGAUGGCAAACUGGCUAGCAUCUAAUUAGCGCCGCUGAAGUUGCAAUGUUGUACAGAUUGUGAGACAAAACUUAAGCAAACACAAAUUUGAUCUAAUGAAAAACUUGCAUAUCAAAGAGUUUUGAAUCAGUUGUUUGAUGCUACUGAGUAAUCACGUUUUUUUUUCUUUUUGGCUUCUCGGUUGAUGCUUGGUGUCUGAUUGUGUAUCUUAUAUUGGACUUGGGAUUUACACAGUGAUUGUAGGAUGGCACUGGUCCUGCAGUCGCUCAUCUCUUUCAGCUGCUGUGCAGUUAGUGUCAUUUGUUAUUUGAAGCUGCCUCAGUCACACACACACACACACACACACACACACACACACACACACACACACACACACACAAUUAUGUACACUGUGAUCCAAGAGACGUUUUCUCCUCUUUAGAGCUAAAGCAGAUUCCUCUAUAAACUGAUUUAAUUUCAGCUUCAGGCUUUGAGUGAUAAAGACACCUCAUAUUUACGUUGUCUCUCUCUCAUUGCCAAAACAAAUACAAAAAUGUGUUCAUUCUUGCAUGAAUCCAACAUGUUCAAGUCACUACUUGUUUUUGUAAAUCAUUCUCCUCCUCUACCUUCCUAUAGUCUUCUGUGGUUAUGAGUGGAAACUGUUUGAACAGAUUUUGAGUGCAGUUUCAAAACACCACAUGUACUGUUUGUAUACUCAUCUCUGUUUCCUUCUUUGUCAUUGUAAAGAGACUCUGUAAAGGGUUUAUGGCUUUUAUAAGGAAUAAAGUUUCUUCAGGUAC